UGUUCUAACCCAACUAUUUCUGCAGUAAACAACGCAGAAGAAAAGUGAAGCGAACGUUUUUCACGUAUAGAAAUAACGAAAACUUGACGAAUUAAAUACAGAAGUACAUUAAUAGGUAAAAAUUGUAAAUAAUGACGAUGGGAAGAGUGUUAUCAGUGAGCAGAUGGCUACUUCUGGCAGCUUUCUGCUUCUCGUCGCCACCUACUGCAGGUCAGCGCAUCAGCACCGUGGAAAUAGAGGGGCGCAGCUACUACAUCUCAGCGCAGUCCCCCUACAACGCACCCCUCUCUUGGUUCCUAGCGUACCAGUACUGCAGGACUAUUGGCAUGGAGCUCCUCACCGAAGACUCGCAAGAAGACGCGCAGGUCUUGCGAACCUUCCUGAAUAACAACGGCUACGGCCGCCAAAGCUUCUGGACCAGUGGCAACCAGCUGGGGUCAAGUCAGUGGCUCUGGAUGACCAGCGGGCAACCCUACAACACCAGCUUUACCUACUGGGCGCCAGCUGCCAAACUGACGAGCAGCAACGAGCAAUGCAUGCUGCUUGAUGCAGAGCAAUGGAAGACAGCGUCUUGUACGCAGCCUCAUCACUUCAUCUGCCAGAUCACUCGCUGCUACUUCUUCAACUACGUCAGGAGUAACCCGCCCUCCACCAAUGACACAGAAGCAAACUCUCGCACGCGGAAAUUCAUCAGGCAGGGAGUUAGGAACAUCAGCAGACCUUCAUCUUCAACCACAAGCCCCCCUAGCCGCCCCCACACAACCGGUCCUGCCAACCGCGUAAUACACUUCCCCGACAGCGGCGCUCCAACGACUCCAAGGAGCCGAGUGUCGACUGACGUCAUACGGAAAACCCUCUUGAAACUUUCAACUAUUGAUCCCCAGGUCAGAAAAGAUAUACCAGAUUCAAAUUCAAACGAAGCUGGCGGUCAAACACAAAUAAUCGAAAAUUCUUUUAAGGAAUUGCUAGGACCGACUGACCAAAGUAACACUUCGAUACUGAAUCCCAGCCAUACUCGAGACAAAAAUCUAACCUCAUUGCAAAUAAUCGGAGUUAAUAUAAAUGACGAGGAAACCAAGCCCACCCAGCAUCUUCAAAGCGACCACGUAGAUGAGCACGUAUUCUCUAAUGAUUCAAUCAAGGAGAUAAACUCCCAAUUGGACUUGGACAAACUAUUGGAGCGAACAGACGAGAGUAACAUCAUCGCUGAUCCUGGGAUCCCAUUUCUGAGCCUCCUCCUUCAGGCACCGCAGGAAACAAACGCUGGAAAUGUCCAUCAUGCCAUCGGCCUCACCAACAACGGACUGAUAAUCACAGAGGAAUUAACUAGCCCAGAGGGACUGACCAUCCCAGAGUUCACACCUAAAAGAAACUUGAGUCGAGACCGAGUGAACCAACUUGAGAGGAAGGAAGCUUUCAGCUGGGCUCUGUUGCCAGACCAUUCGUAAUUUAAGACAUUAAUAUCCUUAUUUGCGAAUAUUUUCCGAUCAAGCUUCAGAAUAACAUAAAAAAAACUUAAAAUUUAUUGCUCAUCUGAAAGCAUCAGAACCGUCACGAGCUGAGUCUCAGGAAGCAUCAUCUCUCACCCGGAAAUUAACUGACUCUGGGCUCAGGAAACGUAUGCUUGCUUAUAUUGAAAUACAAUGAUGAUUCUU